AUGGCAGAUGCCUAUCAUCCGUAUAUUCCAGACGAAUUACCCUUGAAUAUACCCAACAACAAGAGAAGAGAAAAAUCAAUCGAAGCAUCCAGUUAUGAAGCCACAAGACCUAGUACCAUCGCAGCCUUGAACGAAAGUCUUCUAUCUUCGAUGGUGGAUGACAGCGCCACUUCUUCUGCUUACUUUGACGACGUUGUGGGAUAUAGCCUGGGAAGUUUGGGGGACAUUGACGGCGGCGCAAAUAAUAAUAAAACUACUGCUACUAUUAGGCCAACUGUAUAUGAUGAUGAAUACGGACUCGCCCAAACAAGCAAUCACAGAGCCCACAGAGGCGAAUCGUCCCCUUGGAAUGAUGGUACACUGGAUGACAAUGAUGAUAAUGAUGACGAUUAUGCUCAAUCUGAAGAACUGGUUCAAGAAAGUGCCUUUUCCUCUAAUCGAGGAGAACUUUCCGGUCCAGCAAUCGUCUCUCCGCUCGGAAAGGAUGAUCACCAGCGAGAUAGUUUUGCAGAUACGGAUGAAGGGCUUCCAUUUGAAGAUGGCAAUCAUGAUGGGAGCGAUUCCGACAACGAUGUCAAAGACGGGCCAGAUGCCUUGGAAUCUCAUGUCCUGGGACUGAAUGAUCUCAUGACGCUACAAUCGCAGCGAAAAUACAAUUGGAAAACAAGCAGUGGUGAGAUUGAAGAAUAUGCUUCCGAAAUGGAACUCUUUGAUGAUGACGACGACGUUGACGACGGGGAUGAUGGUAUUGCGGAGGAUGAUGUGGUGGAUACCAAAUCGAAACCAAAACGAAUAUCCCUGUCGUUGGGAACCUUUGAUGCUGAAGUCGACAGCGUGGAUGCGUCCGACAACGAAGAUGAUGAUGAAACGAAAACACCUCACAAACCAAAAAGCAGCAGCCGUAGUCUCCAAUCCAAUAAUCCAGAAGAGCCAGUGCCAACUGACAUUGAAUCUAUCAAAGAAAUGAAUAAGGAAGACUAUUGGAAUUUGUUCAACAAAAUUCUUCACAUGCCCACUGAUUUUGAGUUUGUCCCCGAGGACCCUUUGGAAUUCAUCAAACGACGCGAUGCUGCUCGAUAUGCCGCUCGACAGGAAGCUCGACAACCACCAAAACCAAAACGACAACGAGCUAGGAGACGAAAAUCGUCGGGUGGUGGUAGUAGCACAGCUCCAGUCCGUUGUCGUUCGACCGAAGUCUUUGAACCACCCAACAUGAAAGAACGUCCACGACCACCCCGGCGGAGUUCGUCCUUUAGUGGAACGACCGCCACCACCACUGCUGCUGCUGCUGCUGCUGCCACUGUUCGAGAGCGUGAAUCAUCGAUUGGUCAUCCCACUCAUGGUGGUAACCACAUGUUGUCCAAACUACCCUUUAUGCACAAUGUCAAGUUUCAUCGCCCCAAAAAGCCAGAAUUUGUGGCCGUAAUGCAACACAGCACCCACCUGUUUGGAAAGAAGGCGAGAGAAGCGACCCUUUCCUUUUCAUCCAAGUUUGGUCACCAUCCUCAUCCUCAUCAUCAUGAUCAUCCCAAAAAGAUUGAGAAUCGGCCAUAUAAUGGAUAA